GCAAACCAAAGAGCCAGGCUCGCAGUUUACUGAGAGAGACUCGCUGAGGGACAGAAAGACGAGGGAUAGAAAUACACAAACCUUUCCUGACUGCAGCAGACUCCCUCUCUCCCUUGCCUCUUAAAUGUUCGCCUGUUCCAGCUCUCCACGCUGCCUCUUUCCUCAGUGUAAUCAGCUGUCAGCUAGACUUGAUGUUGUAAAAUCCAUGUGAGGAGGAAAGACAGAUGCAAUGAUUUGAAAGAUCUUCAGUGUUUGAGAAGUCAUCAGUUUUUUCCUGCUCGAAGAAUGCAGUGAAACCAUUUGCCAGCAUUAUUAUCUGGAAUUAUAGGUUUAAUAUCCAGCAUCAGUGUUACUAAUUUCUUAUUAAAUAGUACCUCACAGUAAUAGAAAAAUGUAUGGAAGUGCAAGAACAAUCAGUAAUUUGGAAGGCAGUCCUUCCAGGUCUCCUCGUUUGCCAAGAUCUCCUCGUCUGGGCCACAGGAGAACAAGCAGCGGGGGAGGAACAGGUAAGACACUAUCAAUGGAAAACAUCCAGUCCCUUAAUGCAGCCUAUGCAACAUCUGGACCGAUGUAUCUUAGUGACCAUGAAGGUGUAGCGUCUACUACUUUCCCAAAGGGCACAAUGACUCUUGGAAGGGCUGCAAAUCGAGCUGUGUAUGGUGGUCGAGUCACAGCUAUGGGGAGUAGUCCAAAUAUUGCUUCAGCUGGACUUUCUCACACAGAUGUCCUUUCUUAUACUGAUCAGCAUGGAGGUCUGACCACAUCUUCACAUCAUCAUCAUCAUCAAGUUCCCUCUAUGCUGAGACAGGUAAGGGAUAGCACCAUGCUAGAUCUACAGGCUCAGCUCAAGGAACUACAAAGAGAGAAUGAUCUUCUGAGAAAAGAACUGGAUAUCAAGGACAGUAAGCUGGGAUCUUCCAUGAAUAGCAUCAAGACUUUCUGGAGUCCUGAGCUAAAAAAGGAAAGAGUCUUGAGGAAAGAAGAAGCUGCCAGAAUGUCAGUUCUUAAAGAGCAGAUGAGGGUUUCUCAUGAAGAGAACCAGUUUUUGGAUGCCAGGAGAACAAAGCAUUUGCAACUGACCAUCCAGGCACUUCAAGAUGAGCUUCGAACUCAGAGAGACCUUAAUCAUCUUCUUCAACAAGAAAGCGGAAACCGAGGAACUGAGCAUUUUACUAUUGAGCUUACAGAGGAGAAUUUUCGAAGACUUCAGGCAGAACACGAUAGACAGGCUAAAGAGCUCUUUCUCUUGAGAAAAACUCUAGAAGAAAUGGAGUUGAGAAUUGAAACACAAAAGCAAACACUAAAUGCCAGAGAUGAAUCAAUAAAAAAGCUCCUAGAAAUGUUGCAAAGUAAAGGUUUGCCAUCUAAAGGAAUGGAAGAUGACAAUGAAAGAGCUCGAAGGAUGGCCGAGGCUGAAUCUCAGGUUAAUCAUUUAGAAGUGAUUUUAGACCAGAAGGAGAAGGAAAACAUACAUCUUAGAGAGGAACUACACAGAAGAACCCAACUUCAGCCUGAACCAGCAAAGACAAAAGCUCUUCAGACAGUUAUAGAGAUGAAGGACACAAAAAUAGCUUCACUUGAACGCAAUAUAAGGGAUCUCGAAGAUGAAAUACAGAUGUUAAAGACAAACGGCGUUCUGAAUAUAGAGGACCGAGAAGAAGAGAUCAAACAAAUAGAAGUUUACAAGAGUCACUCAAAGUUCAUGAAAAAUAAGAUUGACCAAUUGAAACAGGAACUUUCAAAGAAAGAAUCAGAACUUCUCGCCUUACAAACUAAGCUUGAAACCCUUAGCAAUCAGAAUUCAGAUUGCAAGCAACACAUUGAAGUGCUUAAAGAGUCGCUUACUGCCAAAGAACAGAGAGCUGCCAUACUUCAGACAGAGGUUGAUGCCUUGAGAUUACGACUGGAAGAAAAAGAAACAUUUCUUAAUAAAAAAACAAAACAACUGCAAGACCUCACAGAAGAGAAGGGAACCUUGGCUGGAGAGAUUCGAGAUAUGAAAGACAUGUUAGAAGUAAAGGAAAGAAAAAUCAAUGUCCUUCAGAAAAAGUUGCUCUGUGGGAAAUCAGCAGCCAGUCCCUUCCCUCUGAAGGCCAUGUGGCUGCCUCAGUAUCCUGAACAGAUUGAAAAUCUACAGGAGCAACUUAGGGACAAAGAUAAACAGCUAACCAAUUUAAAAGACAGAGUGAAAUCGUUGCAGACGGAUUCCAGUAACACGGACACAGCUCUAGCAACAUUAGAAGAAGCUCUGUCAGAGAAGGAGAGAAUAAUAGAGCGCUUGAAGGAGCAGAGGGAACGGGAUGACCGAGAAAGACUGGAAGAAAUAGAAUCCUUUAAAAAGGAAAACAAAGACUUGAAGGAGAAAGUUAAUGCUUUACAAGCUGAACUAACAGAGAAGGAGUCUAAUUUAAUUGACCUCAAAGAACAUGCAUCGUCAUUGGCAUCAACAGGGCUGAAAAGAGACUCCAAAUUAAAGUCUUUAGAAAUAGCCAUAGAACAAAAGAAAGAAGAAUGUAGUAAGUUGGAAGCACAGCUGAAAAAGCAAGCUGAACAGUUGUUCAAUCAGAUGUACAAUCCAAUGCCAAUUAGGAAUAAUGGGAAACAAGGGGCUCAUGAAGCUGAAGAAGAAGCUCGACUGAACCCAGAAUUUGCAGACAGAAUGAAACAGCUUGACAAAGAGGCAUCUUACUACAGAGAAGAAUGUGGUAAAGCUCAAGCUGAGGUUGACAGACUUCUAGAAAUCCUCAAGGAAGUGGAGAAUGAGAAGAAUGACAAAGAUAAGAAAAUUGCUGAGCUAGAAAGCUUGACUUCCAGACACACGAAAGAUCAAAACAAGAAAGUGGCCAAUCUGAAGCACAAUCAACAAAUGGAAAAAAAGAAGAAUGCGCAGUUGCUGGAAGAAGUUCGUAGGCGAGAAGACAAUAUGACAGACAACUCUCAGCACUUGCAGUUAGAAGAACUGAUGAAUGCACUGGAAAAGACCAGACAAGAAUUGGAUGCUACCAAAGCCCGUCUUGCCUCAACACAGCAGUCUCUGGCUGAGAAAGAAGCACAUCUGGCUAACCUCAGAAUAGAGCGGAGAAAACAGCUUGAAGAAAUAUUAGAAAUGAAGCAGGAAGCACUGCUUGCUGCAAUCAGUGAAAAAGAUGCAAACAUAGCCUUGCUUGAACUGUCUGCUUCAAAGAAGAAGAAGACUCAAGAGGAAGUAAUGGCUCUUAAACGAGAGAAAGACAGAUUAGUACAUCAGUUAAAACAACAGGUCUAUAGAAAUAGGAAACAGCCCCUGAGCAUGAACAUAUCAUCCAUUUGUGAUGCUGACUUCAUCACAGACCUUGCUGCCAAGUACCUGGGUUCCAGCCAUGAUGCACAUAUGUCUCAGACACAGAACAGAAUGAAACUGAUGGCAGACAACUAUGAUGAUGACCAUCACCACUUCCACCACCACCAUCACCACCACCACCACCGGUCUCCUGGGAGGACCCAGCACUCAAAUCACCGACCCUCUCCAGAUCAGAUGAUCCAGUCACUGUUGGAGGCACAUAGCCAUGGCAAAUCUCACGCUGUACAUUGAUCACCUGUCCAACCUUUGCCUAGAGUGUGAUCCCCAGUUCCUUCAAGAGAUCCAUCUUUACCUGUCUAUAAAGAGGAGGAGGAGGAGAGAGACAUCUGGGAUAACCACAUAUCAAAGAUUAACACCAGAGCAGUUAUCAGAGGAGCUGGAGAAAGAGGAGGAAAAAAUGCAGCACUGCAGAAUUAAGCUGAUACUCUAUUGCAGUGGAUCUCCAAAUGUAACCAUGACAUCCUGGAGCAGAUCACAGAAACAGAAGAUGAAUGCUGAGGUUGUUAACAGAUGAAAUGCUGCAUAAAUUGGUGUCUUCUCCAUUAUUUCUUGUAGUCAUUAUGAAGUCAGAUACUCUGGAUGAUAAUGAAGGGGACUCAAUCAGAAAUUAUAAGAACUUCAUUUCCACCUUUAAUGGGCCUUGUGUUCAGAAUAUUAUUAUUUAAUGAAGUUCAGUUAAAUGGAGUCUUUUAACCAAUGCUGAUUAAUUGGUAUUGAUUUUUAAUGUGUAAUUCAGGUUCUGUUAGGUGCAGUAUCUUCAUCUGCUGAUUCUGCCUAGCGUAUUCUACAGUAACACUUCUAAAGUGCAUUCGAGGUAUUAGUACACUGUUAUAUAAUGGAGUCUGCGUUAAUCUUACCCCCAGUUAGAAGUGGGCUUUUCAGAAAAGUAAAAACUAAGUAAAAGCCUCCUCUGUUUUCUUAUCUACUGUUACUCAAAUAAUCACAUUUUGAUAGUGUAACGAGUAUUAAGCUCUGGGCCAGGUUGGAAAUGAAAUCAAUUUUUGGUACUACUUGCUGUUGGCAAGGAUUAGCCUUAUGAAAAUAUGGUGUGUGUCUCUGACAAUGCAUGGGGCAUCUAAAUUGAUCAUCAAUAAUUUACAUACCAAAUUUAUAUAUUAGUUGAUGGUAAAAGCUUGAGGUAUGAAAAUGUACAUAUGUGUAUACAUGCACACAUAUACAGAAGUGGAUCAACCUUUUACCAUCCACAUGCAUACAGGUAUGUAUUAAUAAAAGCUGGGACUCAUAAAUAUAUCAAGAUAAGAAUGCUGUGAAUACAGUAUAUGCAUUAGGCCUCCUAUAAAUGAAGGACCAUUUGUCAUUGUUUUCUAUAGUGAACAAACAGCCUCCAUCAUGGAUCCCAAUGAAUUUUCAAUGUUAAACAAGAAAAUAUCAGUGAGUAAAGAGAAAUGAAAAGCUGUCUGUAUCAACAAAGAAUUUCAAGUAAAGAUGAAUAAUUUAAAGCACAUGCCAGGGAAAAGAAAAAUCUGAAGUCUUUCUAAUGGAGUGAUGAGACACAAAUGAGAGUUAAAUCUCUACCACUUCCUCAGAGAGAGGAUCCUUACAACUUCAUAACCAUUUUCAGUCAGUCUGGCAAACAUGCAAAUGUUCAACUGUUUUACUGAUGCAUCUCUCUUUUUGUCAGUGGAAGAAGUAGUUCUAUACUGACGUGAGUGGCAAUUGAAUAUUUGCAUUAUUAAAGGACAAACAAUGAAUUUAAGCAUGGGUGGCCUUAAUUCUUAGUAGUUUUUCUUUGCUGCUGUAAAAAAAGGGUUCUAAUGUGGUUAUUCCGAAAGUCUUGCACUGAAUUUAGAAAAAUGUUAUUUUUUGAAAUCAUUGGUGCAAUUAUCCCUGAAGUAACAUCCUGUGUGAGCCAUACCUAUAUUAACCCCUUUAAAAUGAUUGUUGUGUAGAAAACAGUAUCUUAUUUAGUUGUACCAUCAUUUUUGGUACAAAUAAAGAGCAACUAAGUCAAGCAGGAGUCCUUCUUGAUGUUUCAUCUCAGUAUAUAGAAUAAAAUGUAUAGAAUUAGGAUAGCAUAAGUGAUCCAAAUUCAUUCAUGUUUAAAAAGUUUGUCCUUUAACUAUCAAUGGAAUUUUAGAUCUUUGUUUUCAAAACAGCAAAGCUCUUGGAAUUUAUUUAGCACAUAUGACAAAUGUUGCACUUGCAAACUCAGACAACAGAACUAGUUUCUUGUGAAGAACUUGUUGUCACAGUAAGGGACAACCUUCUGUGUCUCUUACAAUCAGGUCUUUACCUUAACUCUGCAACUGAAUACUUGAAGUAGGAAAUAAACUAGGGGAAAAUAGGGUCAUAAAAACAAAACUGUAUAGUUAGAUAUUUAUAUGUAUGUGCCAAUUUUGUCACAGACAUUAUUUUAGGAGCACUUUUUGCUCCAUUCAUAUUGUAAGAGUAUUGAUCUAAACUUUUAUCAGGGGCUAUGAGUUAGCCCCGAAAGAAAAAAAAUUUGUGUAACAUUUUGUUUUUUUCAUUUCAUGUGAUAUCUAUGAUGUUUGGAGAAAAAUCUUUUCAUAUACUGAAAUAGAAUCUCGGGGUUUACAAUAAACACUGUGAUGUUGGGAAAAUAUUUUAUUUCAGCAAUGUUUGGUAGUCCCCCACCCCUUCCAAAUGUAACCAAUUAAACCAACUUUUGGCUAACAUUUAAGAUAAUUAUUAUUUUAGUGUGGAAUCAGGCUUGUACUGCACAUUCUUUCUUUCAUUUAAAUGUACAGUAUGAAUUUUGUAUUUAAUGAAUUUUGUGUAUCUAGUAUGCACGUAACUGCACAUUGACUUUCAUUUGAAAGUGCGUUUAAAUUUCCUUUUUCAACAGUGUUUAUGAAAAGACCUCAGAUGUGUUGACACAAACUAUAUCUGCAAUGUGUGUGGGGGGAGCGUUGUUUUUUGUUUUUUUGUGUAGAGUGAUGUUGGAAUGUGAUGUUCUACAACAAUGGGUCAGUAUUCUCUAUUUACCUUAACCCCUCAUUUGAUAGUGCUUCAUGUAAUAAUUUUCUCAAGUGAGUGGCAUGUUCUGGAUUGUGAUAUUGAUAUGUGGUUAAGGACAUUGAUAUGAAACUAAGGAAUCCUUAGAAAUUACCAGUGGGCAUGUAUUAGACAGUCAUUGUAAUUUAAUGUCCAGUAAAAGUGUGAAGUACCAAGGUAUUUAGAGAUCAUAACAUUAUUAUCAUGUGUAUGGGAAGUACUUACUGUUGAUCAGCUUGUUUCUAUUCAUCAAAUAAACUGUUUCUUUCU